GUGUGUGAUUGCAGCUUGCUGCUCGACUUGUUGCUUCGUGGUUGGAAGCAAGAAGCAAAAGCAAGAGUUGAGCACAGCGACGAGGAUGGAGAGGCUGCAGGCGUGUCGACAAGACUUGGUGUUGUUGGAAGGGCAGAUUGCGCCGCGGGAUGGCGUGCCGACCUUUGAGCAAUUCUCCGUUGCCUGGCGCCAGCUCUCCUUCUCCGCAGUGCACCUUGCCGCCAACGAUCAAAUGGAGCGACAAUUGGUCUUGGACACCAUGUGCCACGCUGCCACAGACAUGCUUGAUGCCACGCUUGAGCAACGGAUCCAAGUGUGCGGUGUUUUUGUGUUGUAUUCCCUCUGGAAGACGGCCCUCAAAGGACAGCAGUUCAAGAUUCCGGCCGAUCCUUCAUCGUGGCCCAACAUCAUCAACCUGUACAACACAUGGGAGGCGAGCACUACCACUCAAGCGUCCACCACCUCCACCUCCUCGUCCUCUGUGCGCCGGCGCAUGACAUAA